AUGUCCAUCUAUCUACCCAUCCACCCAGGCGUCCAUCUAUCUACCCAUCCACCCAGGCGUCCAUCUAUCUACCCAUUUACCUACCCAUCCACCCACACGUCCAUCUAUCUACCCAUUUACCUACCCAUCCACCCACACGUCCAUCUAUCUACCCAUCCACCCACACGUCCAUCUAUCUACCCAUCCACCCAGGUGUCCAUCUAUCUACCCAUUUACCUACCCAUCCACCCAGACUUCCAUCUAUCUACCCAUUUACCUACCCAUCCACCCACAUGUCCAUCUAUCUACCCAUUUACCUACCCAUCCACCCAGGCGUCCAUCUAUCUACCCACCCACCCAGGCGUCCAUCUAUCUACCCAUCCACCCAGGCGUCCAUCUAUCUACCCACCCACCCAGGCGUCCAUCUAUCUACCCAUCCACCCAGGCGUCCAUCUAUCUACCCACCCACCCAGGCGUCCAUCUAUCUACCCACCCACCCAGGCGUCCAUCUAUCUACCCAUCCACCCAGGCGUCCAUCUAUCUACCCACCCACCCAGGCGUCCAUCUAUCUACCCACCCACCCAGGCGUCCAUCUAUCUACCCAUCCACCCAGGCGUCCAUCUAUCUACCCAUUUACCUACCCAUCCACCCACACAUCCAUCUAUCUACCCAUCCACCCAGGCGUCCAUCUAUCUACCCAUUUACCUACCCAUCCACCCAAACGUCCAUCUAUCUACCCAUCCACCCAGGCGUCCAUCUAUCUACCCAUUUACCUACCCAUCCACCCACACGUCCAUCUAUCUACCCAUCCACCCAGGCAUCCAUCUAUCUACCCAUUUACCUACCCAUCCACCCACACGUCCAUCUAUCUACCCAUCCACCCACACGUCCAUCUAUCUACCCAUUUACCUACCCAUCCACCCACACGUCCAGCUAUCUACCCAUCCACCCAGACGUCCAUCUAUCUACCCAUUUACCUACCCAUCCACCCAGACGUCCAUCUAUCUACCCAUAUACCUACCCAUCCACCCACACACACAUACACACACAUCUAUAUUUAUCUACCCAUCUAUCAAUUUAUCAAGCUACCCAUAA